GCGGGGCGGAGGCGGAGCGGGCGGUGUAAACAGACCCGGGAGCCGCGAGCCCCGGAGGAGGCGCGGGCGGCGCCGCCAUGGACUUCCAGAAGCUGGCAGAUGUCGCGGAGAAGUGGUGUUCCUGCACGCCCUUCGAGCUCAUCGCCGCCGAGGAGACCGAGCGCAGGAUGGACUUCUAUGCCGACCCGGGCGUAUCCUUCUACGUGCUGUGUCCCGACAACGGCUGCGGCGACAAUUUUCACGUGUGGAGCGAGAGCGAGGACUGCCUGCCCUUCUUGCAGCUAGCACAGGAUUACAUCUCUUCCUGCGGCAAGAAGACGCUCCAUGAAGUCUUGGAAAAAGUCUUCAAGUCCUUCAGACCUCUGCUGGGGCUUCCAGAUGCAGAAGACGAUGCAUUUGAAGAGUACAAUGCAGAUGUGGAGGAAGAGGAGCCAGAGGCGGACCACCCGCAAAUGGGGGUCAGUCAGCAAUAAACUCCUAGGUCACCUUCUGGAAGGGGAGUAAGCCCUGUGCUGCCAAUGGGGUCCUGGGAUCCUGGGGUAGCCUUUUGUAUUAGAUCUUCAAAACAGGACAUCUGGCUCCUGACAUCCAAGUGAAAAUGAAAUACCUUUUAAAUGACCACACAAUAUCUGUGAUGCGCUUCACUCAGAAGUGAUCAGAAUUUCUGCCCCGCUUUGGCGGGGUUUCUAUGGAGAUGUCUCGGUAGCCUUUGCCACUUUGAAGUUAGAGUCCAUGUUGUGGCUGCCUGUUCCCUCUUGAGUUUAUGUUGGAGAAUUAACGUUUGCUGAUUGGAAUGUAGAGAACGCGGAAUGUAUUAAGGAUGUGUUUUGAGUCCUCGCAGGUGACCUUGCUGAGGAAAAGCAUGACAGAGGAGAAAUGCAGCCUGUACUUUUUAUGUACCUUUUAAGUGUCCGUAGUGAAAGGUUUUGCUUAGAAAGCAUGAGUUUUAAUAUCUAGUCGUGAACUGCACAAGGACAAAUGCAGAGGGUGAGGGUGGCCGAGGCUCCUUGCAGAGGUUCGCCGCUGCUGAAUUGGUUACCUGGGUAUGUGGCAGCCAGCCGCUGGUUAGUGUAAAUGUUUCAUGGUUGUUCGAUCGUUUUCAAACAUGCUAAUUCCAAAGCCACUUUUAAAUUCUAAUAGUGGAAAGUAUAGAUGGGGUCAAAGAUAUCAAUUAUUGAUUCCUUGAAGCUGUUUAUAAACCUGCAUAUAAAAUGAAACCUUUACUAUCUCUCUUUACGAUGAGAUGGCAAAAGACAACCAGAAUCCGAGUAAGUGCCCCUUAAGCCUUGAAGCCAUAGAGUAAAUCUAAUAGGAAAAUAAAGCAGGAUAAAAAAAAGUUAAUAUAAUGAAAUCCUUUACUUUCCUAAUCUUUUAUUCUUUCGAGAAUGUCAUGAGAAGGCUCCCACUGAGUUAAUUUAUUUAAAAUUAUAAUUAAAUACUCUAGGGAACCUACAUGCAGUGGAAUUUUAAAGUGACAUGAAAGUGAGAAUCUUAAUUAGGGAAGUGCUUGGUUAAAAAAGAAUGUUUUUAAUGAUCAGGACACACAAACAACUCCCAGAAGUAACUGCUGUCAUCAUUUAGCCAAUAAAUACUUACCAGGACAUUCUCUAAUGCCGUUGUGAGACCCUUCCAUGUCUUGGGUUCUCAUACAGCCCCCUUUACAGCACUUGAUUCCUCCAUACAUCCAGUUUGGGAAUGUUUCUCUCUCUCUCUCUCUCUCUCUCUCUCUCUCUCUCUCUCUCUCUCACACACACACACACACACACACACACACACACACACACACACACACACACACACGCUGGUUAUGUCAUCAGUAUUUUAAAUUAAAACAAAACCAAACCCACAGUAGCAGAAGCUUGUGUAUAUGGCUGACAUGUCGUCUGGGCAUUUUCUGUUUAGCCCAGUGGUACCGUGAAGGGUCCCCCUGCUCCUUGGUGCACUGCAGAGUUCAGUUGCUGGGUGACGUCACAUCGUGGUUUCCAUCUGUGCUUUUGUGCCUGUACCUGUGUUCUCAUCUUCUGGAGGAAACUUAUUAAUGGUUAGUUUCAAGCCGAGUGACUUCCCUUGAAGUAGCCCAUUAGCGAAGUCAGACAGUGCUCCUUCCAGGGUGUGAGGUCCAGUCCUGCCCAUGAUCUCCCCGCCCCCGCCACCCACACUGGUCUGCUCACAGCUGGAAGACUUGAGCUCUCUAUCUUGUAGAUACGGUCCAGGGCAGGUAACUUCCAUUUUAACAUGAUAGGCCACACAAAUAAAUGACUUUUGUAGGUCAAUAGAAGAUACCUAAUCAGUUUGCUCCAUUAUGAGGUAACCUGGAAUUUUAUACACAGAGACUUCAAAACUAAAUUUACGUGUGUUUGAACAUUAAUAUAAGAUGGGUUUUUAUCAAAAACGUAUUUAAACUUUGACCAAAUAUACUUGGUACUAUCAUAUUAGUGUUCUCUAUUUGUACAAGUUGAGCUGAGACCCCUCGUGGUGCAGUGGGCUGCUGAACAGUGGUCAGGAAGAGAGAACAUCCCUGGAUGUGGCUGAUGUCCACGACAAAACCCCCAGACAUACAUCAGCAAAUUCGCUGUCCUUGCCAACCUCCUUCUCUCUGUUGUUGUGUGUGUCCCUUCCAGUACAUACCUGUGUGCGCAGGCAUGCACAUACCCACUCCGACCCGUACCGUCGAUGCUCACAUCCCAGUUAGGGCUGAAGGCAAACAGCCUGUGUUUAGUUCUGGAAACAGCUCCACAGUGAGACAAGUGUGACCCUUCCCAAGACGUCAGAGGCAUUCCAGUGGCAGCCAUGGUGUGAGAGAAGGGUCUUUGGGAGUUAGGAGAGACACUUGCUUCUAGUUUGGACUCAGCCCUUGACUGCACGACAUCAGUUUGCUCCAUUAUGAGGUAACCUGGAAUUUUAUACACAGAGACUUCAAACCUAAAUUUACGUGUGUUUGAACAUUAAUAUAAGAUGGGUUUUUAUCAAAAACGUAUUUAAACUUUGACCAAAUAUACGUGGUACUAUCAUGUAACUUUUCUACAGAGCAGGGGACUUUGCUCUUCUAGCUUAAAACGCUGUCCUGAUGCGGCUGCUGUAGGAAGUAUGUGAGCAAAAGAGCAACAGCCGAGGACAGUCAGGGCCAUGGGAAGAAAAUCAUUUGGGAUUUUGCCAAAGAUGGUGUCCUUAAGAUGUUGGCCAUGCUACUACCUUAGAAUAUGGUGGCAGGGGGUGUCCAGAUCCCUGGAGCUUGCUUGGCAUGGGCUCCAUCCCAGGCAACUGGUGAAAUUCUGUUGCUUUGAGAAGUGGGUAACCAGAGGGCCCUGUAGAUGGUUUGCCUCGGCUGAACCCGCUCUGCUGGUGGUGGGUAAAACUGCUCUUUGCCCACCCCCACCCCCCACCCACUGAAGGCUUUGGAGGUGGUUGGCAGUUAACCCCAGAGGGGAAACUGGCACAAAGAAGAGCUGGAAAUGAAUGAGCACUUUGCUUAUCUUGUCACUCUGGAAAGAGAAAUCGACAGUGGAACCUUGGUAGGUAGAGGGCGGAGACAGAGUGGAAAUGAACAUAUGAGGGAAGGACUGAUGGCUUGCUGAGCUGUGCCAUGCCCAGCUGUGAAGUCUGAAUUAUGCCGUGACAACAUUACAAAGCCUGAUCCUAGCGCUGACUGACCCAGGGAGACAUUUUUCUCCUGUCUGCCUGGUUACUUUACCCUGCCUGGUGACAGCACUGAGCAGGAUUCAGGGAUCCAAGUACAGAGCCAGGGAGGGUAGCGAAGCCCCAUGCCGUGCCUGGCACCACUUGGGGUCCGGCACGCGGACUUUGUGACCCCUGGGCCCCACUGCAGCGUGUGGUACAUUUUGUGUUUCCAUGACCAGAGCACAAAACGUGCUCCAUGAUGAGACUGUCCUUGCACGCUGGCACCAGAACUGGUUUUGCAGUGUGCUUAAGUAAAACUGGAGCCCACUGGGCGUGACACCAUUGCUCAGUACAGACAGAAACUGUUCUCUAGCACAAUGCAUGUCUCUGAAUAUUGUUUCAGUUUCUCAGAGCACAAAGAGUGUGUCCAGGGUGUUGUGAUCCCAGAGCGGAAUUUUUAGUUAUUGCAUGUUAAAACUCACCAGUGGGGAAACAGUUUAAUCAAAUAGUGAGAGGAAUGUAGGAAUGGACGGGGACUUAAUGUGGGUUGGGAGGAGAUGAACAGGGACCUUAAGAGAGUUAGGUCUCAGUCCAUCUGGAUUGUAAACAAAGCACAUAGCCCACGCUUACCUCCCGGGGUAGAGGACAACUUGUUUUCUUGGCUGUCUCUAGAGAACUGCUUUCCUCCGAGACCGGAUGUUUAGAGGGUGCUAGUGAUGACUUUGUGACUUUCACAAUGCCCCCUGCCCAGCCAAGGGCACAGCAGGUGUCCUGCACACCUGGUAGACGUCCUUCCCUUAAAAAUAAAAUCAGCCGCUAGCCAGGGAAGCACGCCUUCAAGAGUCCAGGCUCCAGAGCGGCUGUGGCUGCAGCUGGCAGAACACGAGCCAUACCUGCCCUCUCCUGCACUGGUGCUGAGGUUGUCAGCGAAACUCCAGCGGAGGCUCUUGUCCCUCGAAUAAGCCUUGAGGGAGAUGGCAUGCAUGGCUUGUUGCAUCAUCUCCAGAUGUGCAUACGAACUUUUUUUUUUUUUUUGCAUUAGAAACUCCUCUUGCAUCCGAACUCAGUGAGUUUCCUUGGUUUAACGGUUAACUAGUAUGACUUGAGAAGCCGAGAUCUUUUAGGUGUCAUAUAGAGUAGGUGUAAAACUUGCCAGAACGCUGGCAGCCCGUGGUCUGUGGCAACAGCCGUGAGCAUUUCAUGUUAGAAACCCCAUUCCCCACACUGCAACACUGAAUAGUUCCAAGCAGCUUCAAGAGUGUACCAAACUACACAGGAAUCAGCACUCAGUUUGCUUUGGACUGUGUUCAGGUUGUUCGGUAUUAGGGAGAAAGCUGGCAGUGUGCUCUUCCUAAACCUUUCCCUGGGCUUUUCCUUUCGUUGUGGUGUCUUGAUUCUGUUUUAGCAGGUACCUUCCGAACUGGCCUAGACCAAUGCUCUAUACAAAGGCCAGCUUUCUAAAAGGCACUAAAGUAAACAUUCAGUGCUGGGUAAGUCCAAACCUAGCUACAAUCCAGUGCUACUUUGUACAAGCAAGAUGUCAGCCGUCUCCAGAGAAGCAAAUCAAAAGAAACAAAAGCAAUGGGCUUUGUUGUUUGCUUUCGGGUUUUCAGGCUGGGAGUUUUUCCUGUGACAUGUGUGUGCUUUCUUUGAGUUCAUAUUUCCUUUCAGAGAGCUCUCUUGUAAAUGACAAACUGUGAAAUGGAUUGCCAAAAACUGUGUCCUUUCUUAGAUGCUUCAGACAGAACUGUGUAAAUUUUCCCAGCACCCUGUCCCAUCUGCUCUUCCCUCCCUCCCUCCCGUGAGAGCAAGGACCACACCCAAGGAUGUAAUUACCAUAAGCUUGCUAUUAAAGAGCCUUUCAGCCCUG